GAGUCUUUUUGUUCGACUUGAGCACAGUGAAGGACUCGAGUCUUCUGCUGGCCUCGCCCCAACACUUCAAUCCUCAAACCAGAACCAAUCCUUGUUUUCCAUCGUAGUGUAAAGCCGCCCUUAGACACAAAACUGGGAUGCUUCUCAAUUGCAUUCAGACCAACUCAUCGUUUAGUAUGAGGCUCUGUCUUCAGACAACCUUUGUUAUAUUACAAAUAUUGAUCACAUAAAACGUUAACUUCAAAGGCAUCAUACUUCAUUAAGUAGUAGAAAAGUGUCAUGUUUUUUGAGAUGUAUUCGUAUUAUGACAGAAAAGACACCUUCAUUUUGUAGGUCACCAAGUGUCCAUCUUUUACCUCCGGAAGGCAGAACAAACCGAGGUUCUCACGUUCCCAUCUUGUUUCACCAAUGGACAUUCCUGGGAGUGUGUGUUUGGCCUCAUAUGUGCUUUCUCGUUUUCGUUCCUGUUAUUGGAAGAGUCCUUCCAAUUGUACGUGUUUCGUCGGAGAUACUUCAAGCGCUUUGACACAUGGCUCAGAAUGGUCAUAUUCAUCCUGGUCAUUGUUGGGUUCUUCUUUCAAAGAAAUCUGGCCGUCCUCAGAUUCCUGGCAGCCAUUGGAGUACCUUGCGCGUGGAUUCAUCUGGUAUUCCUCUCUGGGUUUCACGGUGCCACAAUCUCUAUUAUGUUCAUUCACAUCAUGCACAAACGAUUCUUGGGAGGCAUCUUAUUGACGCUAACCGUGGCUACCGGGUGUGCCGCAGGGUUCCUUAUUAUUGCCCACAAUACCGCUUCUGGUGUGGUGGACAGUCGUACCCUUGUAAAGAUUUUGUUCCGACCUCUGCUGAUGAUCCUCGGCGAAUAUGAGUUUAUUGACACCUACGAGACGUUUGAGGAUGACCUCCCCACCCUCAUCUAUUCAACUGUGCUGCUUCUGUGCAUUGCAAUUGUGGGAAGCCUCGUGUUGGUGAAUCUCUUACUGGCCUUAAUCCUGUCCGAUAUCAUGGAUUUGUACAAUAUUUGUCACUCCAAGAAUCUUUUCCGUCAAGCAAGACAGGUGGUAUUCUAUGAGAAACUAGCCAAGACUUUUGGUGUGAAGAUGGUUGUACCAGAUCGAGUCCGCAUCUGCGCCCAUAAGUCUUGCAGGUGCGAACACCUCAAACUCAGGAAAUCUGCCACUGCUCAGAUUUUCUGGACUGUCCAACAACUCUAA